AUGAGUUUAGGAACACCAGCAGUUGUGAUGGACAAUGGUACAGGGUUGACCAAGUUAGGGUUCGCAGGUAAUGAUUCUCCAUCGUUUGUCUUUCCAACUGCGAUUGCCACAUCCUCAGCUUCCUCUAAGGCCAAUAAAAGCACAGCUCGCUCCUCGAAUUUGUCAUCGAAAAGAGGAUUGGAAGAUCUAGAUUUUUAUAUUGGCGACGAAGCAAUUGAAGCUGCCAGUGGACCACAAUAUGGAUUGCACUAUCCAAUCAGACAUGGCCAGAUCGAAGAUUGGGAUCAAAUGGAAAGGUUUUGGGAAAGCUCAAUAUUCAAAUACUUGAGAUGUGAGCCUGAAGAUCACUACUUUUUGUUAACCGAGCCACCAUUAAAUCCUCCUGAGAAUAGAGAAAGCACUGCGGAAAUUAUGUUUGAAAGUUUCAAUUGUGCGGGAUUAUAUAUCGCCGUGCAAGCUGUCCUAGCAUUAGCAGCUUCAUGGACGUCCCCAAAAGUACAGGACAGAUCAUUGAGCGGAACAGUUAUUGAUUCUGGUGAUGGUGUUACUCAUGUUAUUCCAGUCGCCGAAGGGUAUGUGAUUGGUGCUGCCAUUAAAAACAUUCCAUUGGCUGGUAGAGAUAUUACAUUGUUUAUUCAACAAUUGUUGAGAGACAGGGGUGAAGCUGAUACCAGUUUGCAGACUGCGGAAAGAAUCAAACAACAAUUUUGUUAUGUUUGCCCUGAUAUCGUUCAAGAAUUUGCCAAGUUUGACCAGUAUCCACAAGAAAAGUUUGCUCAAUACAUUGUUGAGUACACUGAUAGAAAUAAAAAUAAGACAGUUGAUGUAGGUUAUGAACGGUUCUUAGCACCAGAGAUUUUUUUCAAUCCGGAAAUUUGUUCAUCUGACUUUCUUACCCCAUUACCAAUUGUGGUUGAUCAAGUGAUACAAGCAUCACCAAUUGAUGUGAGAAAGAAAUUGUACAAAAACAUUGUUUUGUCCGGUGGAUCUACGAUGUUUAAAGAUUUUGGUAAAAGGUUGCAAAGAGAUUUGAAAGCAAUUGUCAAGGAAAGGGUCGGAUUAAGUGAAGAAUUGAGCGGUGUACAAAGCAGUGGAGUAGACGUUCAAGUCAUUUCCCACAAAAAGCAAAGAAACGCUGUUUGGUUUGGAGGAAGCUUGUUGGCACAAACAUCCGAAUUCAAAAGCUUUUGCUACACCAAGAGCGAUUAUGACGAAUAUGGACCAAGCAUUGUAAGGAAUUUCUCUUUAUUCUCUGUGCCUUAA